AUGCAGGCACCUCCUCGAGGUCCGGCACCGCUUCAGAGGGAAGACGACUGCUUGGUCGGAGAUGCCAGCUGCGACUUCUUCACCGAUAUCCCCCCGCCUGAAGGGUGCUUCGUAGGCAUUCUCGGGUGGCUUUUGACCUGUCGCCAAGCAUACCUCGACGGCGUUGAUGUGCUGUACGCUACAAAUACCAUUCGGCUGCACGGGACGCACAUAUUCUACAACCUGCCCAAGCUCAUUUCCCAGCCGCGCCUUGGCGACAUCUCCACCGUCUCUCUUUUCUGGGAUUUGGGGCAACCUGGUUUCUGCGGAACGUAUCGUAUCCCUCAAGAGUUCAUCGGCCUUGAGGGCCUCGAGACUCUUGUCAACAUCCUGCCGGCUUCGCUACCCGGCGUGAGACGCCUGCAUCUCUCCCUCUUUGGGUUCUGGUGGCAAGACCUCCAGCUCCGUGCUCGUGGAAAGCGGUCUGAAGAGAUGUUUCGCGCUACCGAGGAUCUUUUACAAACAACCCUGACUGGCCUGGUAAAGCUGCCAUCACUCGCCGACUGCAGGAUAUCUCUCCCCUUCAGCAUCUAUCAGCCAUGGGUAGAGGAAGCCACGGAUACGACUACAGCUUCGGGUGAUGUCGCUGUACAAACUUUGUGGCGUGAGUUGCCGCGAGGUAUCGGCUCAAGUGGCCAGACGGAAGCCAGCAUAACGGGCUAUUGGGUGCAUAGCGGCGUCCAAGACUUGCCCAAAGAGCAGUUGUUUGGCAAUUAUUGA